AUGGAAAACCCACCGUUUUGGAUCUCCCAGCAGGCCACAGGCCUCACCUUCCACACGGAGGAUGCCACGCGGCCGACCACCAAGGUGGUGAAGCUACUGCAAGGAAUGCAGGAGCAGUUGGAAUCCGAGGCCAAAGCGGAUGAAGAGACUUAUGACAAGUUCAAGUGCUGGUGCCAUGACAACACCGUGGCCAAGGAAAAGGCUGUGAAGGAAGCGAAGUUGGCCACCACAGAGUUGCAGGAUCGAGUGGAGAUUCUCCUGUCCAAGAGCCAGCGAUUGAAGGCCGAAGUGGAGAAGACCGAGGAUGAAGUGGCCAAGAAUCAGGCGGCUUUGGACACCGCCACAGCUUUGCGGGAACAGCAGAACAAGGAAUAUGUGGACGACUUGGAGCGUCUGGAUGCCAACCUGCAGGGCGUCAACACGGCGCAGACGGCGCUCAGCCCUGCCGAAGGCACAGCCUUCUUGCAGAGCAGGGAGGGAGCCGCCAAGCCGCUGCAGACCAUCCUGGCCAAGCAUUCGCAGAAGAUGUCCGCCGAGGACAAGGACACCUUUGAGGCCUUCUUGCAGCGCGGUGACGGAGUGGAUGGCGUCAUGGGUGUUUUGACCGGCUUGAAGGACGACUUCUCUGCCGAGAUCACCAAGGUCAAGGAGGAUGAAGCUACGUCGGUCAAGCAGUUUGAGGCCCUGGCCGCCGCGAAGACUGAGGAGAUCAAAGCUGGAACCAAGCAGAUCGAAACGAAGAAGGAAGAGAAGGCCAAUGCUGAUGAGGAGCGUGCCAUCAAGAAGCAGGAGAUCAAAGACACCCAGGGAGCACUCGGCACGGAUCUGUCGUCCGGAGACCCGAAAACGGACAACACCCUGGGGAUGAAUCAUCUGGGCUUCAUCUGGGGUGUCACCGACAGGUUCAUUGGGUUGGACCAACAAACCUCUACCGCCCGUGACAUUGCCCAAGCUCGCGCUGAAACCAGCGGCAUCUUGCGGCUCAAGUCCUGCGAAGCCAUGGUUCACCUUGAGGAGGGAAGGCCCCACUCCGGCCGCGGCGAAUUGAAGCUGGAGAAGACUCAAUCCGACCGGCUGGAGGUGCCCGAAAGGCUUUACUGUGAACCCUAUGGCGUUCCACACAAGCGACUCGACGGUGUGAUUUUUCCAGCUUGGAUGAACACCGACAGCUUGUUUGAUUUGGCCGAGCGGUGGCAAGUGAACGAUAAGGAUGUCUUGCUGGCUUUAUCACCAGGGCUUUGCCCCAACAUCCAGGUCUUGGAACCCAUCUUUGCCUUGGCUGGAGACCCCAUCCAGCUCACGCCAGGCGGCCCAGUGGAUGGGGCCUGUGUCUUCAAGAGGCGCAUGAUGGAAAUGGCCAAUGAGGAGGAGAUGCAGAUUCGUCCUGCCACCAAUCGCUGCCUCUUCAGUUUGUUGCCACCAUGGCUCGUCCCACAGAGUUUCGGAAAGGUGGCCGUUUUCCUUGCUGACCCUCGGUAUUUGAUCAUGCGACAGAAAAAACUUUGGGACAUGUUCAAGAGAUGCAUCGCAGAGAAGGGAAAAGGCUGUGGUUGUUCCCCAGCGUCCCUUGAUGAGUCGGACUUCCUCCGUGCUUACUUGGAACAGGAUUGCAACUUGUCCGGCGAGGAGAUGCAGCGCUUGGCGCGCUGGGCCUUGGAGGAGUCCAGGCAGCCCGACAAGGUGAAGAUUUUUUUCGUGGAAGAUUUCGUGGCCGAACCUGAUAUGGCUCUGCGAGGCUUAGCGCGCUUCUUGGGCGUGCCCGACGACGCUGAGAUCUUGCAGCAGGCCAUUGACAAGGUGGAGGCGAUGAGGCCUCAUGGAUUGUUCUACCCCAGACAGGACAUGCUUGAGCUGCAGCAUUUCUUGACUGUGGCGCACGAUUUUGAGUUGCGACUGCGCGAACUUCCAGAGGAGCUCCAAUGCAUCUGGGAGGAGCGGGUCUCGCUGUGGCCGCGGCUGCCCAAUUUGCGCCUGGCCGCUCUGGGGCAAAGCCUCCAAAGCCACAGGAUGUGGGUGGCACCGCAGUGGUGGGCGGCACACAGCGCGGGGUUGUGCAAACCCUGCAGCUUCGCACCGCGCGGGAUCUGCCGCAGCGGCGACAACUGCGACUUCUGCCAUGCGCCGAGCCACCGGGCGCCGCUACGGAGGCCCUCGAAGAAGGAGCGCAUGAGACGUCUUCGAAAGUCCUUGCGUUCAAGGGAGGUUGGCGAGGCCACCAUCCGUACGCGAACCCCUUCGCCCGACGGCUUGUCGAGUUAA